AUGACAGAGAGUGAGAAUUUUUCGACACUUCUUUCUUAUCUAGCAUCUGAUUUCAGAGUCGAAAUUAGUGAUCCGAUGGUACAAAGAUUCCUCAUGGAGCAGAAUAUUCCAGUUGUCGAUCAAAUUGAAAGAGAAAAAGCGAUUUCUCAUUACAAUCUGACAAAAGAUCUCCGAGAGUCAAUUAAAUGCAUGCAAAUACCACUGGUUGCUACCAAAGAGAGUUUAAGCCUACUUUUGUCAUUCGAAAAAACAAAUAAAAUCCCCGGAAAAUUAAUUUUACCAUUUGUUGCGUUUUAUUCUUUUGGGUUGCUAUCACACAAUGUUUCGGAUGAAAAUGACAUCGUUCAAUUAUUAAUUUUACUUUUAUCUUAUUAUCAUUCUGCCAUAGGCGAAAAGUUAGCAUUAUUCAUAUAUGACAACAUAUUGUCCGAUAUUCUUACAAAGAAUUUCAGCAGUUUUAAUGAAGAGUUCAUCUUACAAUUUGCUCAAUAUUGCAAUAUUGCACUAAGAGGCAACGAAACAGCCUUUUUUCAAUUAGCGGCAUUUUCAAAAAUCUUCCAGAGUAGAGAAGAUACCUACGAAAUUACAAAUCUUGCUAAUACUCUCAUGGAAUUGAUUGAUUAUUUGCCAAGCUCUUGCAACACGCUCAAACCGACAGAAAUUUUGGAUGUUUUAUCAACAGAUAUUAGUAGCUGCGAUGAAAAACUUAUAUUAUUACUAUUCAAAUACGGUUCCCAUUUUAUAUGUGACGAAAUAGAGCUACUGUUAAACAAAUUCGCUAAGUUAGUUUACGGACUAACUAAAAACAAGCUUAAUUUCUUGAAAUCAACAGAUUUUCCUUAUAUAAAUCUUAAUAGACCGAAAUCUCGAGUAAUUGAACAAGAAACAGAAUUAGUAAUAAACGCAGACAUCAAUACAAUUAAGAAUACAUCGAGUUUGACUUACAAUUCCUUGUUAUUCCACAAGAAAAAUGUAAUGAUUUCGGAAUUCAUGAAUAUUGGCUCAAAAAUACAAGAAUGUUACAAGGACACGAUUACAUCAUCCAUUAUUUCAUGUUUUCUUCAUUUUUCUCAUGACGAAAAAUAUAUUCCAUUUUUAUUUUUAAUUGAAUUGUUUAAUAUCCCUCUAACAGACAAUUUAUAUGAUGUUAUGACUGAUCCUUUGGUAUUUAACCCUUCAGCAACAAUUUAUAACUGUGAUUUUGAUGAAUUUACUGUUUUUGUGCGUUCAAAGGUUGUAAACAUCAUUGCACAAUCGAACAAUGAAUAUUUCACAUGGUUUAUUGACAAAUUCCAGAAUUCUCCUUUGUUAUUUGCAGAAAUUAUUUCUUAUUUGACAAAUUCAAUCAGAAAUGUUGACCAAAACCUUCUGAUUUCAAAGAACAUACUCAAGGCUAUCUAUUAUUCAUGUUCUGAUUGCGAUUUGUUGAUUUCAAAAUCAAAAGAAAAUGAAAAUUUUCAAAAGUCACUUU